AUGGAAGUCUUCAGUGACUAUGCCAGCCCAGUGCUCGCACAAGCCUCGGCCUUGUGGACUGACAUUGUGGACACCUACUCCGCGCAACGAAUCGAGUUCGUGGGGACAUUGAUGGUUCAAGUCUUGACCUUCUGGCUGCCCUCGAUUGUCUAUCUACUGCUUGACGUGAUUGCGCCCAGCUUCAGCCAACGGCACAAGAUCCAGCCGGCGCCAAAGCAGCCCACCCGCAGCGACAUCGUGCGCUGUUUCAUCGUGGUCACACAGAAUCAGAUCCUCUCUUCCGCGCUGCACCUGGGCCUCAUCUACAUCAGCGGCAAAGCCGGAUCAGGGUCAUCCUACCGCGUCACAGCAAGCUUCCCCUCAGUCACUGAAUUCAUACGCGAUUUCGCGAUUAGUCUGCUCCUCCGGGAAGCAAUGUUCUACUACAGCCACCGACUUCUUCAUAUUCCCUUUUUCUACCGCCGGAUUCACAAGAAGCACCACAAAUUCACGGCUCCCAUCGCACUAGCGGCUCAAUUUGCCCACCCGAUCGAGCAGAUCUUUGCAAAUGCGCUGCCAAUCUCGCUCCCCCCGCAGCUGCUGCAUAGCCAUGUCCUGACGUUUUGGGCAUACCUUGCCUGGGAAUUGUUCAACACGGCGACCGUGCAUAGCGGAUACGACUUCUUCCGGAAUAAAGCAAAGAUGCACGAUCUGCACCAUGAGAAGUUUAAUCUUAAUUAUGGGUCAAUUGGAUUCCUCGAUUGGGUGCAUGGAACAGACAAUUUGGGGAAGCGACACUCCGAGUAG